CGCGCGCCAUGGCGCUGUCCCAGCCCGGGCCGCGGGAGCCCGAGGAGCCGUCAGCGCACACCCGGCAGCAGCUGCAGGAAUCCUCCCCGGUGGAUCCCGCCGAGUCCCGUUCGCCUCCGCAGGAAUCCUCCCCGGUGGAUCCCGCCGAGUCCCGUUCAUCCCCGCAGGAAUCCUCCCCGGCCGACCCCGCCGAGCCCAGUUCACCCCCGCAGGAAUCCUCCCCGGUGGAUCCCGCCGAGUCCCGUUCAUCGCCGCAGGAAUCCUCCCCGGCGGAUCCCGCCGAGUCCCGUUCAUCCCCGCAGGAAUCCUCCCCGGCCGACCCCGCCGAGCCCCGUUCGCCCCCGCAGGAGUCCCCCUCUCCGGGCCCCGCCGAGCCCCGGCCGAGCGCGGCCGCGGGCCUGUGCCGGCAGCUGCGGGUGCUGCUGACGCCGCUGCCCGCGGCGGCCUGGCCGCGGCCCCAGAAGCGGCUGCUGAGCCCCGCGGGGACCCUCGCCCCGGCCGGCAAGAGGCCGUGCCCAGAGCCCGAGAGCGGCCCCAGAGCCCCCUCCGGCUCCCCGCCCGGCCCCAGCUCGGCUGCCCGCGGCCAGGACGGGCUGUGGGAUGCGGACAGCGACGGCAGCGAUGGGGGAGACGCGGCUCCGGAGGGACACUCCCACCUAUCAGCCUACGAAAGGAAAAGACUAAAGAACAUUACAGAAAAUGCUAAAUUCUUUGCUGCUCUAAAGCUGCAUGAGUCAGCUGCAAGACUUAACCAACUUACAACUAAAAGGCAAUCUCAUGUCACUAAAAGAGCCAAGCCCAAGAAGGUGGAGGAUGAACCCACGCGGCGGCGAUCCAUGCGCCUGCUCAGGGUGGAGCCGCUGGACAUUCCCUUGCUGGAGACGCUUCCCCCGGCAGCGGUGGAGGAAUAUCCUCAGGUUCCAGUCGGACCUUUGCCCAUGGUUCCAGAGGAUCAGGCAGAGAACAGUAAAUGGACAGAGGCCGUACUGAGCACCUGGAUGAGGAUAAGUGAGCUGAAAGCGGAGGAUGCUGACAAGGGCACACCUGACAUAAAGAGGUACCAGGAGAGCCUGAGCAGCAUGGUGCUGAGCGAGGAGAACAUCAGGAAGGUGGUGAAAGCCCGGGUGUGUUCCAUGGCCAUCCACCCUUCCGAAAGCACCAUCCUUGUGGCAGCUGGAGACAAGUGGGGGCACAUUGGCCUCUGGAAUGUGAGCUGCGGGACUGAGGACGGAGCCCACAUCUUCAGCCCCCACAGCUUCCCGGUCCACUGCUUGCACUUCUCUCCCUGCAACCCUGCUCACUUGCUGUCCCUCGGCAAUGACACUCUGCGCUGUGGCGAUGUCACCAAGGCUGUCUUCGACGAGAUCUGCAGGAGUGAGGACAGCUUCUCCUGCUUCGACUUCCUGGAAGAGAAUGCCUCCACUGCCAUAGUGUCCCACUGGAACGGGGACGUGGCUGUCGUGGACAGACGGACCCCGGGGCUGUCCUCGGAGCUCUCCGCAGACAUUGGCUUCACCAGGGCGCGGACAGUGCACGUGCACCCCCUCAACAAACACCAGUUCCUGGCUGCUGGCUCCGUGGACGUUUGUGUUUUCGAUGUUCGGUGCCUGAAGGCCAAGGGGAACAAGCCCCUGAGCUCUCUCGCAGGACACACCAAAAGCGUGGCCUCGGCCUACUUCUCACCUGUCACUGGGAGCAGGGUGGUGACAGUGUGUGCUGAUGACAAGCUGAGGGUCUACAACACCACGUCCUUGUCGCCCAGCGUCAGGCCGCUGAGCUCCAUCAGACACAACAACAACACGGGCCGCUGGCUGACGCGCUUCAGGGCCAUCUGGGACCCCAAGCAGGAGCACUGCUUCCUGGUGGGCAGCAUGGCACAGCCCCGGCAGAUCCAGGUCUUCCAGGACACCGGGAACUUGCUGCACUCCUUCUGCAACGUGGACUGCCUCAGCUCCGUGUGCUCCAUCAACGUCGUCCACCCCAGCCAGAACAUCCUGGUGGGAGGCAACUCCAGUGGCCGCCUCCAUGUGUUCAAGUAGAAGUGCCUUAGAGCUUUAUUUUUUACCUUUCUGCAUUGACUUGGUUUAUUCCCUGCUAAGCAGUUCCGAAGAUGACUGUUGUUUCUCAGGACAGAAGUGUACUUUGAAAGUCUUAA